CCGGCGCUACAGCUAGGCGCCAUUUCAUCUUGCUGAGUGAGGCCGGAGCAGGGUUGAGCACGGACUCUCACCGACGACAUGGCUGCAUCAGUGGGGAGCGUUGCUGAUAGUACAGAACCAACGAAACGUAUGCUUUCCUUCCAAGGGUUAGCGGAGUUGGCUCAUCGUGAAUAUCAGGCCGGGGACUUCGAAGCCGCUGAAAGACAUUGCAUGCAGCUUUGGAGACAAGAGCCUGAUAACACCGGUGUUUUACUACUUCUCUCUUCCAUUCACUUUCAGUGUCGUAGACUAGACAGGUCCGCACAUUUUAGUACACUGGCAAUUAAGCAGAAUCCACUACUUGCUGAAGCCUAUUCCAACCUGGGAAAUGUCUAUAAAGAAAGAGGACAGCUGCAGGAGGCCAUUGAGCAUUAUCGGCAUGCACUACGUCUGAAACCGGACUUCAUCGAUGGAUAUAUCAAUCUCGCUGCUGCUCUUGUGGCAGCUGGGGACAUGGAGGGAGCAGUGCAGGCCUAUGUGUCAGCUCUUCAGUACAAUCCUGAUUUGUACUGUGUGCGCAGUGACCUGGGUAAUCUACUUAAAGCCCUAGGUCGCUUAGAAGAAGCUAAGGCUUGUUACCUAAAAGCAAUUGAGACACAGCCAAACUUUGCAGUUGCAUGGAGUAAUCUUGGUUGUGUAUUUAAUGCACAAGGAGAGAUCUGGCUUGCAAUUCAUCAUUUUGAGAAGGCAGUAACUCUUGAUCCUAAUUUUCUGGAUGCCUACAUUAAUUUGGGCAAUGUCCUCAAAGAGGCUCGUAUAUUUGACAGAGCUGUGGCAGCGUAUUUGCGAGCUCUUAGCCUCAGCCCAAAUCAUGCUGUGGUUCAUGGAAACCUGGCUUGUGUCUACUAUGAACAAGGACUUAUUGAUCUUGCCAUUGACACGUACCGAAGAGCUAUAGAACUUCAACCACACUUUCCUGACGCUUAUUGUAAUCUUGCUAAUGCCCUCAAGGAAAAGGGCAGUGUGGUUGAUGCUGAAGAAUGCUACAAUACAGCUCUUCGCCUCUGUCCAACUCAUGCAGAUUCUCUGAAUAACCUUGCCAACAUUAAGCGAGAACAAGGAAACAUUGAGGAGGCUGUGCGUCUCUAUCGGAAAGCUCUUGAGGUUUUCCCAGAGUUUGCAGCAGCUCAUUCAAAUCUUGCCAGUGUUCUGCAACAACAAGGAAAACUUCAAGAAGCUCUCAUGCAUUACAAGGAAGCCAUUCGAAUCAGUCCAACAUUUGCUGAUGCUUAUUCAAAUAUGGGGAACACAUUGAAAGAGAUGCAGGAUGUCCAAGGAGCCUUGCAGUGCUACACCAGAGCGAUUCAGAUCAAUCCAGCAUUUGCUGAUGCCCAUAGUAACCUUGCAUCCAUUCAUAAGGACUCUGGUAAUAUCCCAGAAGCAAUUGCUUCGUACAGGACUGCUCUGAAGCUCAAACCGGAUUUCCCAGAUGCAUAUUGCAACUUGGCACACUGUCUUCAGAUUGUCUGUGAUUGGACGGACUAUGACGAGCGGAUGAAGAAACUAGUCUGUAUUGUAGCAGAUCAGCUGGACAAGAACAGACUUCCAUCCGUACAUCCACACCACAGUAUGCUGUAUCCAUUGUCCCAUGUUUUUAGGAAAGCCAUUGCUGAAAGGCAUGGAAACCUGUGUUUGGACAAGAUUAAUGUCCUUCACAAGCCACUUUAUGAGCAUCCAAAGGAUUUGAAGGCCAGUGAUGGAAGACUAAGGGUUGGUUACGUCAGCUCAGAUUUUGGAAAUCAUCCUACCUCUCACUUGAUGCAGUCAAUACCUGGCAUGCAUAAUUCAGACAAGUUUGAGGUCUUCUGUUAUGCUCUUAGCCCUGAUGAUGGCACAAACUUCCGGGUGAAAGUUAUGGCAGAAGCAAACCACUUUGUUGACUUGUCCCAGAUCCCUUGUAAUGGAAAAGCAGCUGAUCGCAUACAUCAGGAUGGAGUCCAUAUUCUAGUUAAUAUGAAUGGCUACACCAAAGGAGCAAGAAAUGAGCUAUUUGCACUGAGAGCGGCCCCAAUUCAGGCUAUGUGGCUGGGGUAUCCUGGAACGAGUGGGGCAUCAUUUAUGGAUUAUAUUAUCACUGACAAAGAAACCUCUCCAACUGAUGUUGCGGAACAAUACUCUGAGAAAAUGGCAUAUAUGCCCUACACUUUCUUCAUUGGAGAUCAUGCCAACAUGUUCCCUCAUCUAAAGAAAAAGGCAGUAAUAGACUUCAAAUCUAAUGGCCAUAUCUAUGAUAACAGAAUUGUUCUAAAUGGGAUAGAGUUAAAAGCAUUUUUGGAAACUCUUCCUGAUGUAAAAAUUGUAAAGAUGAAAGGGCCAGAGAGCGGAGACAGCGCUGAUAGUAACGCUGCACUAAACAUGCCGGUUAUCCCAAUGAACACCAUUGCAGAAGCCAUUAUUGAAAUGAUCAACCGAGGUCAAAUCCAGAUAACAAUUAAUGGAUUUAGUAUUAGCAAUGGUCUGGCAACAACACAGAUUAAUAAUAAAGCAGCUACAGGUGAAGAGGUUCCUCGUACAAUCAUUGUUACCACACGCUCACAGUAUGGUCUGCCAGAAGAUGCCGUAGUGUACUGCAACUUCAACCAGCUUUACAAGAUUGACCCUCCAACUUUACAGAUGUGGGCUAAUAUUUUAAAAAGGGUUCCAAACAGCGUCCUGUGGCUGCUGAGAUUUCCUGCAGUAGGAGAGCCCAACAUUCAACAGUAUGCCCAAAACAUGGGACUUCCACAGUCCAGAAUAAUUUUUUCCCCAGUUGCGCCUAAAGAAGAACAUGUUCGAAGAGGACAGCUGGCUGAUGUUUGUUUAGAUACACCAUUGUGCAAUGGGCACACCACUGGAAUGGAUGUCCUUUGGGCAGGGACUCCAAUGGUCACUAUGCCAGGUGACACACUUGCAUCUCGAGUUGCUGCCUCACAGCUGACCUGUCUUGGAUGUCCAGAAUUAAUUGCUAAAAGUAGGCAAGAAUAUGAAGAAACGGCAGUGAAAAUGGGCACAGACGUAGAAUUCCUGAAAAAGAUCCGUGCAAAAGUUUGGAAACAAAGGAUAUCUAGUCCGCUUUUCAAUACCAAACAGUACACAAUGGAUUUGGAGAGAUUAUACUCACAGAUGUGGGAGCAUUAUGCAGCUGGUAAUAAAACUGAUCAUCUCAUCAAGCCAGUGGAAACCACAGAAUCUGCAUAA